CGAGCCUCGUGCCAACCGGAAGACUUGCCCUGCUGAUGCGUAUACCAAGACGGCAGUUGAAGAUGAGACGAGACCCAAAUUACCACUACGACCAUAUCACCACGGAAGACACCUCGCUCUUCCCUCUGGAACAACAUGACAAGAUCUCUCUCCUUCCACAAAAAGCCACCCAAAAAGAAAGGCAAAAUAUACAUGCAACACCGGGCAUUCGCCGGUCGUCUCCGACCCGACUACUACUCCGGCCCUCACUGGUUUAUCGAUGGGAGAGCGGACGGGAUCCCGAGUUCUUCAGUGGGUGUGGUCGCAUGUACUAUGUCUUGAAGGUGAGGGUGUAGAUGUUGGAGCUGUCCCUGAGAGACGGCGGUGGUGCUGUCGUGUCAGGGGCAAAAAGAGGAUGUUGAGAUUGAGUCUCAGACGCAGCAACCACGCUGACGUUGAAUACCUAUC